CCGAUGUUUCGUUCUCCCUCAACUUGUUGCAGCUGCCUGUUCUGCCAGACACACUAUGUCCCUCAUACCUCAAGUAUUGUCAUCUUGCUAAGUCCUGGGUUUGCAUUCCUCGUCCCAUUCGUUUCAUGCUGGAAUUGAAGCCUGAGACAUGCCCAAUGCCGAACAACCAUGGUUUCGCACACUCGUACUCGAAGUAGAGGCUCUUUCUCUAUCUUCUCCUUUGACAGCAUUCGAUCGUUCAGUCGUGCGGGGUCGCGGCAAGCUUCUCGUAUCCCUUCGAAGGAUGAGUUGAAUGACCGUGCCGAAUCGAGCCUUUCUUAUCGGUGUGACCCUCAUGAUCAGCCGCCGGCAUCGUCUGGGCCCGGCCCUACAAUAGACACUGAUGUCUCCGUCAAACCACAAUCCCUACAGAAAGAAGAGACCCGUGCCCGGGGCACAGGACCCCAGAACGGGGGAGAUGCUGCUCCAGCAACCACCAAAUCCCGUCGUCGGAAUCGAUUUCGUCCACUCUCAUGGCUAUCGAUUUCUCAACUUCCCUUUGCGACACACUACCCUCGAAGUCACUCUGUCCACCUCCCAAAAGCUACUAGCACAUCGACCGUUGCUCGAAGUGUUAUCUCUGUUCCUAUACUUACCAGUACCACCAACGUCGAAGUCGCUCGUGCGGAAGGUGUCGUCUGUGGAGAAAUAUCUGACCUGACGUUCUCAGGGACAAGCUGGGAUCCAGUAAUCGGAUGGGUCGCUAACACACCAGAGCAACAAAAUGAAAAGAGGCUUCCACACGACGGCACGGAUGCCGAGAUUGUACCAGAGCCAAAUCCUGCUUCGGAGUUGAAGAGUCCAGAAAACACCACAACAUCAAAAAGGGGUUCCAUACUUCGCUUGAGUGACACGAUCAAAAGCAAGGCCAGAAGAGUGCCUGCUAGAAUGCGUCCUGGAAGAGCUUGUCAGUCGCAAAAGUUCGAUUCAGUAGCUGAAGACGCAGAUGAACGUGCUGCUACUGAUGGACGAGAAGGUGGCCUAGCACGCCGACGCGCAGAAACCGUGAAUCUCUACAAAGGAAAAAUCAAAGGACUUACGGGCAACGGCCAUGUUAGGCGCAAAUCGCUGAAUAGCAGUAAGGAGUUUGCAAAGUCGCAGACAGACGCGCCUCUUCUCGGCGAAUUCACAGACCACCGGGACCCUGAUACUGAUGUCGGCGCUGAACAAAGCGACGACGGGGAGUCUGCCUUUGGAUCUUUGACCAAGUCAUUCGCAAGAGCGGUUGAGAAAUUGGAUUUUCAUUCUCCUCUUCCACGCAACAUGUCCUUCUUGAGAUCCAAGUCAUCAUUCUUUCACCCAAAGAAGGAGAGCAAUGGCGACGGUGAUCCGACCGAGAAAAGACAACAAGGUCGAACAAUGCCAUCAGCUCUACCAGGACCAUCAGAACCUGUGACGAUCCUUCCACCAGCACCACACCUAGCUGCACGGGUCGUCCAGCCCACACUGCGGCCUGUUCUUCCACCAGUUGCGGCGCCAGAGCCCGUUAAAGAAGCUUCAUAUCACUUUGGAAUGCAGAGAUCUGCUCCGACUCCUGUCGUCUUUUCGACGGAGGCAAAUGCCUAUGUGCCGGCCAUACCUGCAUCUGGAUAUCCUCGAGGAGUCAACCCACUGAGAAUGCACCCGCCGGAUAUGUUUGCUAGUCCUCCAUCGCUCACCCGCCCGUCGCCGCAAACCGGCACGAACGGCUCUCCUCCACCUCCUCAGCGAGAGACACCGACCCCAAGUGUCCAAAGUGACGAUGACGAUGACCUGCUGUCUCUCGAAGACGCUCCCAUCUACUCCCCUUCACUGGGUGAUCUCAGUACGUAUGCGCGAGAUACUCCUCGUUCUGAUCGACGCAAUGAAGCAGGACUUUCUCGAGCGAGGAUUGUUGAUGCAACACCGACUCGUGCUGGCACGCCGGAAAAAAGGACAUCAAAGGAACAAGGCAGCAAAUUGCUCAAGAAGAGUAGGAGUGGACUAUUCUCUAGAUCCAAGUCGAGCAAAACAAUAGCAAUGCCUCGCAACAAAACCCUCAGUCCUUUGUACGAACGAGACACGAACGAAAGGUUCAAUACAAAGGACGAAAAUACGGUGAAGAAGAGCCGGAGUCUGCAGUUUGGAGGUCUUUUCAAGAAGGACAGCCACUCGAAUUUGGCGACGCCGAUGCCACGCGACGCUGUCCCCUUUCAGCCAGCAACGCCUUCACCGCUUCGAAAUGUCACCCGAGUUUCUCGCGGGAGUGACACGAUUUGCAGGAAGGUUGAGAACAGCCCGUCACGCUUGCAGCAUCCAAGACGAUAGAAUUUCACCAAGGGUGAAGUGAAGCCAAUAAGUCGGGGUUCCUCAUUGUUGCAGCAGUGUUCAACAUGAAGCCGUCGACAUGGACACAUUCAGAUAGCAAUAUGAAGAAACGAGGGAAGAGGAUCUGAGCAGAGCGAGCUGACAAUUGUUGAUGGUUGAAGUGCUCGUUAGUAGUCCCCAGCGGAUCAGGACAAAGAAGCCGCCGGCAAAAGUGCGGUGUACAGAGCUUUUCCCCCUUGCUGCAUGGUGCCUGUGCCUGCAUAUCGCGGAUCUGGGGUAGAAGAGAGGACGAAGAAAAUUGCUCACAGAGAAGAUCGUUC